UUUCAUUUAUCCAACCAUAAGCAUCUCUCUCUCUCUCUCUCUCUCUCUCUCUCUCUCUCUCUCUCUCUCUCUCUCUCAGAUGUUGGCUGUAGAAGACUUGCUGAGUGAACUGAUUAAUGAAGCAAACGAGCAAGGACUGCCACCGGGAUUUAGGUUCCACCCCACCGACGAAGAGCUCAUAACUUUCUACCUCGCAUCAAAAGUUUUCAAUGGCAGUUUCUGCGGCGUCAACAUUGCUGAGGUCGACCUCAAUCGAUGUGAGCCUUGGGAGCUUCCAGAUAUUGCCAAGAUGGGGGAAAGAGAGUGGUACUUCUUCAGUUUAAGAGACAGGAAGUACCCAACUGGGCUGAGAACCAACAGAGCCACCGGAGCCGGCUACUGGAAAGCAACCGGAAAAGACAGGGAGGUUUAUAGUAAGAGCGCGUCAGGUGGUAGGGGGUUGAUCGGAAUGAAGAAAACCCUAGUUUUUUACAAGGGAAGAGCACCCCGCGGCGAGAAGACCGUGUGGGUGAUGCACGAGUACCGCCUUGAUGGCCACUUCUCCUACCGUCACAUGUCCAAGGAGGAAUGGGUAAUUUGCAGAAUAGUUCAAAAAAAAGGAGAGAAGAAAAAUCCACUACUUAUUCAGGACAGCUACUAUCUACCCGAGGCUUCUUCUUCACCUCCCAUCUUGGGUUCCUUGCCCACAUUGCUUCAAACUUCAAGACCACCACCGGCAACGUCGAUGGCUUUCGCUAUCGAUUCACAUGAUAUUCACAACCCAAUUCAGAAUCUCCAAAACCCUUUUCCCAUUCAUCACCACCGACACCAAAUGGCUCCACAACCCCAUCAGUUCCCAGUAAACGGCCUCCUCCAACCCUCUUUUGAAGAAAUGAACAACAACAACAACAAUAAUAAUAACCAAUCACAAUCUCACCUGUUCAAGUCCCUUCUCUCACAUCAAGCCUGCAAUUUGAAGGAACAAGGCACCACUAUUCCAAAACAGUGCAAGACAGAGGUCAACUUUUCCCUGUUCCAACUACCCAAUGCGAACUUGCGCUGGCUAGAUACGGUUCACCCUGACCCGUACUCAAACCCCUUGUUUCUAGGGGUGGAUUGUGGUGUCACGGGGUUUUCAUCGGCUGCACCAAUUACUACUACUACAACUGUUCCUGGCAUCGAUGUCCAUUUCAAUUGCUUUCAGUAGAGCAGCUGCAUCCAUCCUAACGUUGGUGGUGGAACCUACCAUCAGAUCUUCACCCACAGGAAAAACCCUGGCCUUGGAUCUUUCAGAAUCUCAACUUUCUAUUUACGCUAUAUAGUAGUAGUAUACUGAGUCUGUACUCUAUAUAGUACAUAUUAUAUUUAUUAUAUAUACAUUGCAUAACCAUCUACCUAUUUAGUUCCAAUGUUUCAUAUGUUGUAAAUGGUUGGGGAGCAGGCCUGCCAUUAUCCAGCCAUUCAAUUAACCUGGGAUUAGCGGAGAAGUUGCUUCAGCUGAGGAUGUAUUAGAUUUAAAUUGUUCAAAUAUCAAUGGCCUUUCCAU